UUUGUGUUGUUCGUACGCUUGCUACCACUGAUCAAGUUUACGAGACAAUUGACCGUUCAUGGGAAGCUUUUAAAAAAUGGAAAAAAGUCUCUGUUAAAGAACGAGCUAAAAUCGUUUCAAAAUUCAUUGAUGUUUUUGUAGCUAAAAAAGAUGAACUUACAAAAGAAUUAACAAUACAAAUGGGAAGGCCCAUUAAAUACGCUCCUGGUGAGAUUAACGGCACAGAAGAGCGAGCUAGGCACAUGGUUUCAAUUUCUGAAGAAAGUUUAAAAGAUUUUGAAUUGUCAGAUUCUGAUAAACCUGGUUUCAAAAGAUUUAUCAAGAGAGAACCACUCGGGCCAGUUCUUGUAAUUGCAGCUUGGAAUUAUCCUUAUCUCAUUUCAAUAAAUGUAGUUAUUCCUGCAUUGCUUGCUGGCAAUACUGUUAUUCUAAAGCAAUCAUCUCAAACUCCUUUAUGUGCUGAAAGAUACGCAGAGGCUUUUAAAGAAGCAGGUCUUCCUGAUGAUGUUUUUCAGGUAUUACACGUCUCCCACAGUGAUAUAGAAAAGGCCAUUCAACAUCCACAUAUUGCUUAUGUAAAUUUUACUGGAUCUGUUGAAGGCGGAAAUCAAAUUCAGAAAAGUGCCAGUGCUAGAUUUAUUGGCAUUGGGCUUGAAUUGGGUGGAAAAGAUCCUGCUUAUGUUCUACCUGAUUGUGAUUUAGAUUAUACAGUUGAACAGUUAGUUGAUGGUUCAUUUUUUAAUAGUGGUCAAUGUUGUUGUGCCAUUGAAAGAAUUUAUGUUCAUGAACAAAUUUAUGAUUCAUUUUUAGAAAAAUUUGUGGCAUUGACAAAGCAAUACAAACUAGGUAAUCCCCUUGAAACUGACACGACACUUGGCCCAAUGGUACGAGCAAAAGCAGCAGAUUUUGUUCGUGAUCAAAUUGAAGAUGCUGUAAACAAAGGAGCAAAAGAAUUGAUUGAUACAUCCUUAUUUAAGUUGGAUAAGAGAAAUACUCCAUAUAAAGCACCUCAAGUUCUCAUAGACGUUAAUCAUUCCAUGAGAGUUAUGACGGAAGAAAGUUUUGAUGAAGAAGCUAUUAACUUGAUGAAUGAUUCGGAAUUUGGUCUAACAGCAAGUAUUUGGACCAAAGAUGAAGAUGCAGCUUUAAGGAUCGGAAAUGAAAUUGAGACUGGUACUUGGUUCAUGAAUCGAUGUGAUUCUUGGGUCGGUGUCAAGAAUUCUGGACGUGGAUGUAGUUUGGUUAGUAAAAAUUAA